AGUACUUUUAUUUUGGUUUCCAGCAGAUCCACCGGUUCCUUUAUGGCUCCCGGAACAAUGUCAAGCUGUAACUAAACUCCUUUAGCCGAUAAGCUGUUUUGAUUAAUAUCUCUUUGAGUAAUUUUGUUUUGCUCGUUCAAACAACACCGUGGCCUGUAGAAUGGAGAUCGGUGAUUUAUCAUGAAACUCCGCGCGCAGUAUGACAGAGGAACAUAUAGCGAGUCCAGAAGAGCGUUUAGACUGAGGGAUACACCUGAUCCGAUGCAAACCGAUCCCAGCCCGCAGGGAGGGAACGGGCUGUCGUUAACCCUGCAGCCGGAGCUGCUCGCCCGAAUGCCUGGAGCUGGGAGCUCCAACGGGCCGGAAACAGACGAGGAUGUCCGGGUUCCUAUAGGCAGCUCAUCGGGGUCUACAAAUGGACGUGGCGCGACCUCGCGCAGGCUGAGAGCAGCGAGCCACAGCCACGCCCAUUCUCACGGACACACGCACAGCCACGAGCGCGAGCACGAGUCGGACAGCGGCGAGUCUGACCUGGAGUCCGGAGAAUCCAGCAGCUCGUUAUCAGAGCUUCGCUACCUCCUGCGCUGGCUCAAGAAAGGCCUUCCUUUCAUAGUUAUUCUCUGUGCGAAACUAGUCAUCCAGCACGCCCUGGGUCUGGCUGUUGCAGUGGGUUUGUUUACCACCUUUAUGUAUGUCAACAAAAGCAUUCAAACGCAAGUCUUUCUCCACGACCGAAGGACUAAGUUGCAUUGUGCCUGGCUCUUGCUGUUCCUCACAUCCUCCAGUCUCCUCGUGUUCUACACUUUUCCCACUCAGUCACUUUAUCGCUGCCUCUUUUUUGCUAACGCUACAAUAGAUACGCAGAACUUUUGGGAGGUUUUGUGGUGCGUCGGUGUGACUAACUUCAUUUUGAAGUUUUUCUUCAUGGGACUUAAGUGUCUAAUUCUCCUCAUCCCCUCCACGCUCAUGACAUACCGGCGAAGGGGUCAGUGGUACAUGCUCAUAGAAGAGGUGGGUCAGUUGUAUCAGGUGAUCGCUCCUGUCCCGCUUUGGUUCCGUUAUCUAGUCAGCUACAAUGAGAUGGACACCUCAGCCGGUCUGACUCUGGGAAUCCUGCUAGCCUUGCUCUACCUCAUAAUGAAGCUUUUGGCCUUGUAUGGGCUGUCAGGAUCAUUGCAAAAAACAUUACGGACUUUUUUCAGUUCUGAGGUGAACGGAGCUCCAGCCAGUCCUGCUCAGGUUAGAGAGGCAGGUGACAUUUGUCCGAUCUGUCAGGCUGAUUUUAAGCAGCCUCGGUUCCUCGUCUGUCAGCAUAUCUUCUGUGAGGAGUGCAUCGCCCAGUGGCUUAACCAGGAGAGGACCUGCCCCCUGUGCCGCACUGUCAUCACAGACAAGGUGCAUAAGUGGAAAGAUGGUGCAACAUCAGCUUAUUUUCAAAUCUACUGAAAACUCACUGAAAGGAUGGAGACAGUGUGUGACCAGCAGUGGAUCCACUGAAUAUGGAUUGUUUUCUCCUCCCAGACAUCUCUGCUGAGCAAACAGCACUUGUUAUAAGACAAAAGGCUCUAGAAUAAGCUCCAGUUUGAGUUUUUUUUAAAAUAUGUAUAGAUAUCUUGUCAAAAGGACAAGUGCAGCUCUUGUAUUAUUAUUAUUAUUAGUACUACUACUACUAUUAUUGUUGCAUGUGGAGCACCCCUAUUUUUUA